AUGUUAUUUCUUGAUAAAUUUAUUUCAGCAAUACUUGAAGAUACCUAUAUUUCUGGUUGGAAUAGUUGGACUAAAAAUGGUGACAAAUAUUUUGGAUGGCGUUAUCAAAGCUUAGCUGGAACAGGCCAAAUUGUCUAUGGUAUAUGUGAAAAAACUAAUUCUCUAUUGCAUGACCAAAUGAAACAACCACGGAAAGGAUUAUACAAUCAAAGUAUUCUAACUGAAACAAACUUGCCUUCCACAACAUCAUCAUCAUCAUCACCAACAUCUGUAGACAAUGAAAAUGUACCAAGUGAAUUUUGGUUAUUUAGUCCACUGUAUAAAACAGAUACAAUAUUAAAUGUUCAUUUUGAAAUUACAUAUCAAAUGAAAAGUUGUUUACAACUUGGUUAUUUACAUCAAUCAUUGCAAUGUAGAGAACGUUUUGAUAUAUUGGCUUAUCAUACUGAUGUACAUUUAUCGUCUAUGGUACCAAAGGCUAAACAACAUGAUUCAUUUGGAAGUGAAAUGCAUUUACAUUAUUAUAAGGAUUUUACCGAUUUACAUGUACUAACAUUUCAACAGACAAGUGAAUCAUUUACAAAUGAAUUAAUAAUAAGUAGUUCAUUGAAACGUGUCACAAUACAAAUACGUCCAAAAAUGAAAUGGUUACAAAUAGCAUUUCGUGAUAAUGGUUCAUGUGUACUCAUUGAUCGUUUAAUUGCAUAUCAUUUAUCAUGUCCAGCUACUAAAUUUCGUCUAAUCAAUCUACCAGAAACAGAAGCUGGACAUGGAAAAGAAGUGAGACAAGUACAUGUUCAAUGUAUUCCAGGAUCCAUUUAUGUCAAUCAAUAUUCUACUUUCACAAAUUCACAGGAUCAAUUUACUCAAACUAAAUUAUUGAAUAAUUUGAAUGAUGUAAAUAUUGGAUUAGCAUUUUGUAUGGCUGAUGGUAAAUGGCAUUUACAAACAAAUCAAGGAUGUGUAUGUGAUUCUGGCUAUGAAAUGAUAGAACAUACGGAGACAUGUCAAGCAUGUCCAAGAGGAAUGUUUAAAUCAUCACCUGGUCUACAACCAUGCAAUUUAUGUCCAUUGAAUUCAAUUGCUCCACGAGCUGGUCUAAGAAUUUGUCAAUGUUUAUCAGGAUAUUUUCGUAUUGCACCGAAUUUAUCCGCGGAACAUAGUUGUUUAGGCCCACCAUCAGCUCCAAGAAAUUUAAAUGCUAUCCACAUCAACGGAACCUCAGUGGUUUUAUCUUGGGAUCCACCAAUUCGUUCAGGUGGUUUUCAUGAAACCUUAUAUCAUAUUCAAUGUCAAGGAUGUCAAAUAGAUACGGUGAAAUAUCAACCUGGAAAUCAUUUGAACAAGACUAAAGUGACAAUAACAGGAUUAAAUCCACAAACACGUUAUCAAUUUGAUGUUUAUGCACAUAAUGCUGUGUCGACUAGAACAGGAACAAUGUGGAUUAAUGUAGCUAGUGUAAUGGUAACAACUGGAUCAGGUGAAUUGAAAUGCAAAUAUUUUUGA